GAGCUGCUUCCGCCUGUUCAGAGCCAAUGACAAUGAAGCAUGGGUGGGACGUAGUCGUGUGGGCGGAGUCAACUCCAGGGUUCUUCUGUUGCCAACUUCUUGUCGCCAUUCAUUUUUUUUUAGCCCACACGCUUGAGGCAAACCACAAGGAAAGAGGCCCUCUAAACGUAAUGAAACGCACGUAAAAUAUGAGGAGAGAGAUCGCAGCAGUGGUGUUCUUCCUGAAGAGGCUCGUGAAAAAGGGGGAGAAGUUGGACUCGCACAAGAUCGAGCUGUUUGUCGAGAGGCUGGCGGUUGCUUUGCAGGAGAAAUUCAAGGGGCACUGGUACCCCGAGAAGCCCAGCAAAGGACAGGCAUACAGGUGUAUCCGCGUGAACAGGGUACACAGGCAGGAUCCAGAGCUCCUUCGGGCCUGUCGGGAGAGCGGGGUCCAGUACGGUGACCUGGGACUGCCUCGUGAAUUCACACUGUGGGUGGACCCCGGGGAGGUUUGUUGCAGGUAUGGAGAGCAGAAUCCGUGCUUCUCAGUUGCCACUUUCUCUAAUGACGAUGAGAACGACAAAGACGUUGCAAAGAAGGUGACCAGCGCUCUGGAAAGGGUGACGUCAGACUACCACUCGGGUUCUUCUUCUGAUGAGGAGAGCACGCGUACUUCCCCCCUCACCAUCCCCAAUGGCGGCUACACUUACCAGGCGAUGAAUCCAGCUGCUCCUUCGUGGCAUCCCAAAAAGAUGGUGCCAGGGAAAGAUCACGUCCUUCCACGCCCUCACUACGGCUACAGGCCUCGCAGCAGAGCCCCCCACACUUUGAGGCAGAAUUUGUGGGUCCCUCCUCUCUAUAGGGCCGGGCCUGGAUACUGGGACACCAACCAAAAUUUGGCACAUUGUUACAGUUAAGAAUCAUGGUGCUUAUUGUUCACACUGGACAUUAAACCUAAAGAAAACUUUAAGAUGACAGACCAAUGUUUUUUGUUCUUUUUUUUUAAAAAAUGAAUUUUUAUAGAUUAAAUAUUGGUGGUUUUGGACAGAGUCUUUUUUGCACUUUAGAUUAUUUGUGGUAGUUUGAAUAAAUCACUUGUAUUAAAUUAGAUGUUGGAAUUUGAAUACUACACGUGUAGUCUUGAAGUACUGUAUUUUUACUAUGGGAGACGUUCAUAUAUGCCACCUACUGUCCUUUGUGAUAAAAUGUUUUAUUUAUUCAUAGUGAAGAAUUGUCACAUGUAUAGACUUAAAUCUAUGGAGUUUUAUUAAACAUUUCCAAGCAUCACGA